UAUGAACAGUGUAGCAUUUAAAGGGCCGAGAAACAUGAACGAUUGCCUUGCACCAAAUCCUCGUGAAUUCGUCACCUUCCUUUCAGGGCCCAAUAGGACGGGGACUUGGGGUAUGUUGGGAGGGGUGCUGGGAUGGAGAUAAUCUCCCAGGAAGGGUUUUUGCGGGUCCCGAGGUGGGGACCUCCUCUAUUUCAGGCGGCUUGGGGAAGCCCCUGGGACUUGAAUGGCAGUAUAUUUUUGCAUUUCAGUUUGGACCAACAAUUGUGGCCUCCAGGGUCUGGGUGGGCUUCAGGCCUGCUCCACACACUUUUAGAAAGUAGUUUAGACCUGUGUGUCCCAACCAGGGAAGAAAAAGGUCCUUUGAGGGGAAGGCCACUGGGUGUGUUUGUAUUUGGCGGCUUUGGUGUCCUGGUGCUGCGUUGGCAGGCGGUGGGUGUUUGUCUGGUGGCAGAGCUGCUCACUUGCAGCUGUGAAGGGAGUGCUGCGUGUUGUGUGUCGGGUUUAUGACUUGUGCAUCCACCUCUGUGUGGCUGGAGCGAGUAUGCCUCUGUGCCCGUUUGGGUGUUCUGUGCCAGGGUCCCCUUGGGGUAUAGGAGCCCAGUGGUAACGUGCCUGCUUUUGUGCCCUGCAUGUUGACAACGUGUGAGAGUGUCUCCAAGGAGGUGUGUGUCAGAUUGUGAGUCCAGGCUUCUCAGCCCUGGGCCUCGCAGCUGGGAGUGUUUACAGCCGGUUAUAAAGAGUUUGUUUGAAGCUCCGCUCAGCCUGGCCAGGAAUUUCCUCAAUUUCAGCAAUUUGGGCUUUAAAAGGAGAAAAACCCAGAGCCCACCCCCCUCCUCCCCAGCAGGGGCCCCUGCUUAGCCCAGGAGCGGCAUCCCCCGUGGUGGGCUCUCUGCCCAGGGCUGAGAAGGGAAUCUGAGUGGAGUUGACCCGAUUAGCCUUCCUGCGCCCUUGGCCCCCAGACUGACCCAGACUGGGCUGCACUUUAGGGUUCGGGGGUGGGAGUGUGCCAGAGGAGUGCUGAGAAGGGGUGACAGUACCACGUAGAUGAGAAAAGCUGCCCCUGGGGGGCCUCUCUCCCUGCCACUGCUGCUGCCCCCAGUCUCCUAAUUGGCUGGCACUGGCCCAUGCCAGUCUGACCGCACCCAGGUCCUUUCGCAAGAGAGGAAGUGAGGCAGCGCUCUGCGGGCAGGGAGGGCGUCAGCGCCAAGUGAGCACCACCCCACGCAAUGGCCUGUGGGCAGCUCAGUGCCCUCAGCACCAUCCUGAAAGGAUUCCAGCACCCCACCCCCCACCCCCCAGCUCUCAGCACCAGGCCCCCUGGGACCUCCCACCCGGUCCUGAAUAGACUCUGGGCACCCUUCUUACGUUCCCUCCUCUCUCUCCCUUUUCAUGGGGGAAUCUCACUCCAGCUGGAUUCUUAUGCUAAUUGAGUGUCUGGUGUGUUGGGGGGCGGGGAGGGCUUCCCUCCUGUCGGGAGGGUGGAGCUAGCCCGGAACCCCAGCAUCCCGGGCAUUCCUUCUGUCCCGCUGGAGGCUGGGGUGGACUUCUGACCAGGUGGGCUGCAGCGGGCUGGAAGGAGGAAGGUGUUCCUGAGCGGUGGAGACGCAGAGCACUAGCUCAGAGGAGAUGGUGCCCAGCUCGCCCUCGCCCCCUCCACCUCCCCGGGUCUACAAGCCGUGCUUCGUGUGCAAUGACAAGUCCUCUGGCUACCACUACGGGGUCAGCUCUUGUGAAGGCUGCAAGGGCUUCUUCCGCCGCAGCAUCCAGAAGAACAUGGUGUAUACAUGUCACCGCGACAAAAACUGUAUCAUCAACAAGGUGACCCGGAAUCGUUGCCAGUACUGCCGGCUACAGAAGUGCUUUGAAGUUGGCAUGUCCAAGGAAGCUGUGCGGAAUGAUCGGAACAAGAAGAAGAAAGAGGUGAAGGAAGAAGGGUCGCUUGACAGCUAUGAACUGAGCCCCCAGUUAGAAGAGCUCAUCACCAAGGUCAGCAAAGCCCAUCAAGAGACCUUCCCCUCGCUCUGCCAGCUGGGCAAAUACACCACGAACUCCAGUGCAGACCACCGGGUGCAGCUGGAUCUGGGGCUGUGGGAUAAGUUCAGCGAGCUGGCCACCAAGUGCAUCAUUAAGAUCGUGGAGUUUGCCAAGCGGCUGCCCGGCUUUACAGGGCUCAGCAUUGCUGACCAGAUCACUCUGCUCAAGGCUGCCUGCCUGGACAUCCUGAUGCUGCGGAUCUGCACAAGGUACACCCCGGAGCAGGACACCAUGACCUUCUCUGAUGGGCUGACCCUGAACCGGACCCAGAUGCACAAUGCUGGCUUCGGGCCCCUCACAGACCUCGUCUUUGCCUUUGCUGGGCAGCUCCUGCCCCUGGAGAUGGAUGACACAGAGACAGGGCUGCUCAGCGCCAUCUGCCUCAUCUGCGGAGACCGCAUGGACCUGGAGGAACCCGAGAAAGUGGACAAGCUGCAGGAGCCGUUGCUGGAAGCCCUGAGGCUCUAUGCCCGGCGGCGGCGGCCCAGCCAGCCCUACAUGUUCCCGAGGAUGCUCAUGAAGAUUACCGACCUCCGGGGCAUCAGCACCAAGGGAGCGGAAAGGGCCAUUACCCUGAAGAUGGAGAUUCCAGGCCCGAUGCCUCCCCUGAUCCGAGAAAUGCUGGAGAACCCCGAAAUGUUUGAGGAUGACUCCUCGCAGCCUGGCCCCCACCCCAAGUCCUCCAGUGAGGACGAGGUUGCCAGGGGCCCGGGCAAAGGGGGCCGCAGCCCCCACCCCGACCAGGGCCCCUGACUUCCCCUGCCGCGGGGUUUGGGGCUCCAGGCAGCAGACUGACCAUCUCCCAGACGCGGCCGGUGCCUGGGGGAGGACCUGCUCUGCCCUCUCCCCGCCCCUUCCAAUGAGCUCCUUGUUUUUGCCAAAGUUUCCAGGGGUGCCUCUGUGUUCAUCCCCUUCCUGCUCUGACCGGCUCCCUCUGCAGACUUGGGGGCCUGCCCUGGUCCCUCCAGGAGAGCGGUCAGGGGGCGAGCCUGGGUUUGGACUCUCAAAUCGCAACACUGCCCCACAGACCCCAGGGUCCCAGGCUCCCCAGGGCAGGAGGGCGACCCUGCCAUUCCACAGCCCCUCCCUCUGCCAGGUGCUUAGGCCUCUGGGAGCAAACAGGAACACUAGACACCAAAAGGGAGCGGGGGCUGGGGGGGGGCUGAGCCCACCCUCUUGCCCUUGGUGCCUAAUGCUGCAUAAGGCACCUGCCAGGUGCACGCUGCCCACUAUGCCCCAUCCUCGUGCCAGUCAGGGUGGGGCGGGCCGGGCCCUGCGUGUCUGUGGGGGUGGGGGGUGGGGGUGCAGAGGGUGAAGGGACCGAUGCAGGUCCGUUCUGCACCUCUUUGCUUGGGCCCGGCCUUUACCGUUACAAGCCCCUACUCCAGCCCUGUCAUGUGCCUUGGGCUCCCCCUGCCCCCCAUCUCAGCCAUGGGGCAGGGACCCUCCUACACUACAGAGGGGCCAGGGGAAUCCCUCUCCCCCUAGUGCCUUCCCCCUUGACCCCAGAGCAGCUUGGUCCAGGGAGAGGGGGGUGGGCACUGCUUAGCUGAUCCCACCCUGACCCAGAGGAAGCCUCUAUUUAUUUAUUAGCUUUUGUUUACACCCUGGAAUUGACCCCUUCCUCCGGGGGUCUUGGGAGGGGGAGCCCAGGGCCCCUGUGACCCCUCCCUUCUCCCUCCAGUCCCCAGUUUGUAUUUAGCUGCCAAAUAAGAGUCCCACUGGCUCCUUUUUUCUCUGGGGGGUCAGGGUGCUGUCCCCUCCCCUCUGUUUACAUCUCCCCCCUUCACCGCGCUGUAUCGCAUAUUGCUGAGUUUUCUAUUUUUGCAAAAUAAAGUGAUGGAAACUCA